AUGUUCACAAAUGGCUUCGACAACCUCAAGAAAGCCUUCAUCUCUUGUGAUAAAAAUGAAGCUGAACAAAAACAGUUUUUCGAGGAUUUCAAGAAUAGGCUAACUGAUGAAGGUGUAGUAGAAGAUCACAAGAAGUUUGAAGAGAUAGUCAACAGUACGCUAAAGAGUUCUCGGAAGAAGUUCUCAGUAAAUAAGGCAAAGCACGCUCAGCCAGAAUACAGCGAUCUGAAGUUUACUCAUAGAAAUGUGAUGAAUUUUAAGUCUAAAAAAAGAAGAAUUCCUGAAGAAGAGAAAAGUACUAAGGACGACCACGUUGAGCAUAUACAGGAAUCUAUAUGCACUGAUCAGUCGAUAUCGUGAUACCAAUUUAAUGAAAGCCAUAAUAGAGUGUUCGAGCACUCUAUGAACCUUGACCUUGUUAACGACCUUGGACAAAGAGUUGGGGAGGUUACCGAAGAUGAUUUUUGUACUAACCCUGGAGAGACCAUUAAGUUACCAGGAAAACAUCUCAAAUUUGAGUAUCUGCAUAUACCUCAUAGCUGUAAGAUAGUUGGGAGACCUGGAACUGUUCUUGAAAUCACAGGAGCUAUCUUUAUUGGAAGCUUUAAAAAUCCUAUGUCUUGGUGGGAAACUAUUAAUUCAGAAAUAGAAGAUCAAACAGCUGUCCACUUCUGAGAGAUCAGGAUUAUUUUCAACCCAGAGAAGCCAUAUUUCGGUAAAAAGAAAGAGAAAACAGACACAUAUACAAUACAAGAGGUUUCUGAAGGAGAUUACAAAAAGAGCACCACGAGGUCACAGUACACAGCUCAGAACUACUCUGAAUUUGAUUCAUUAUUCAUCAUUGAUUCCAUGAAUCCAACUUUCUUCGAGAUAAGAGACUGCAACAUUAAUGCUGUAUUAGACAUCAGAUGUGAUUUGAACUGAGAAAUUGAUAUCAAGCAGAAGUACUUAUGCUCCACAAUAGAUCAGAUCUGCUCUGAAGAAACUAUUAAUUUCAUAAAACAGAAAACAGACCAGCCAGAUCUAGAGUUUAACAGUGAGGAAGAUAUCUACGAUACUCUUAACAUCAGUAAAUUGAUGACUAUUAGCUGAAAGAGGCCACCCUCGAUUCGGAUACAUUCAUGCAUGAUCAGGCAGAAUGGAAUUGAUCCAGAGCUCCCAUAUGCAAUCCCAUUCUAUAGUCUCUUCAAGGUGCUUCAAAACAGCAGGAUCCAGCUUGAAUCUUGCUGUAUUGAGGAAACUCUUGGACCUUGAAUCAGGCUGCACAACCCCCAAAUCUUUGACUUGUUCGAUACCAUUAUUGCAAGAGCGUAUGAGUCGGGUAUCUCUAUCGAAAUCAGUAAGGUAGCUAUCCCAGAGAACUACUGAAGGUCCAUAAAUAUCGAAAGAUCCAAGAUCUCCAAGAAUAAAGGAAAUGGGAUAGAAAUAUACGCUAAUGAAUUCAUUGAUCAAAACCUGAAGAUUACUUGCAAAGAUUCCAAAUUUUCUAAAAAUUACCAAUAUGGCCUGUUCAUCGCCAGGAUGGCAAUUGAGGACAUUCAGAUAUCGUAUGCUAAAUUUCUUAAUAAUGGCAACACGGGGUGAUAUUUUAAGAUCGUUCAUCAAAAGUUUAAUAAAAGCUGAUUUUCAUUACACAAUUGAGAUUUUGCUGACAAUAGAGCAAAUGGACUUCAAAUUGAUGAUUCAGGUGUAAAUUUGGAUACAAUAAAUACUAUCUGAAACUCAAAGAAUGGUAUUGCUCUCAAUGGUACCUUCAAGCCGACUGAAAUCUCAGGAGAUGCUCUUAAUUUUCUCUCCAAGCAUGGGAUGAAUACGACUAUGACAGAAGUUUUCACGAGUAGCAAUAAAUGUCAUGGGAUUUAAAUCAAGAGCAACUGGAAAGGAACAAUUUAUAUUGAAAACUCAAGUAGUUCCUUUAACGAACAAGAUGGUAUAUUCCUCUACACUCCAGAUCAGAAAUGUAAGACUAAACCAGACAGAGAGAUACAGGGGAAUAAGUCUGGAUUUUCCGAGUCAAAGUGUAAGAAUGAAUCAACAGCCAUUUCCCCAAGAAAUAACCUGGAUGUCAUGACCAUGCAUGGCCAAAAUGACAAUAUGGAAAAAGCUACCUACUCAACACAAGAGAUUGGUAGAUUGACUGCUAUAAAUUUUGAUUUUAUUAACAAUGAAAGGCACGGUCUUAAUAUAAUAAACACUUUUUGCACAAUAUAUCCAUGCUGAUUCAAAGCCAACAAGUCAUAUGCUAUUUACAUUGAAAAGGAAGAUGACAAGCACAAAGUCUACAUACCCCCACAAGCAGGAGUGUCAAUGAAGCUCUUCGGCAAAGCAGGGGGUGAAUGGGGUAAAAUCACUUUCAAAAGAAC